AAAUACAACUAUGAUCUUGCGUGAAGUGACAAAGUCCGCCGAAUAAUACACAGUAGAUUGUGGCACCAUUUGCCAUUCUUUUUACUACAAAGCUAAAAUUAAUUCAUACUGACUUGGGACUCGUCUUUAAAGUUUUCAUUUCAAUUCUACCAGAUUUAUUACUUUUAAGUGGCCAAACAGAGGUUUGAUAGUUCGGCAGUGGUUACAGCAUCGCAAGAACUUAAUACACGGUGUGUAGAUUACACAUCGAGUAUAAUGUACCAGUGCGAUUCGUUGUAUGACCAAGAAGUUCCUCAUAUGUACCCACAGGUAAAAGAUUGCUUGGCUUUACGCACGUCAAACGCGGUUGAAUCUACUCACUUCGAUAUUAAAUUUAUUCUUAGCAGAUUUCACUACGUAACACAUAUCCCGAUCGCAGGUCUUGCAGUCCCGCAGAGAGAAUACGCGGACAAGGUGAAAACCUUUCAAUAGACUCACAAGGUAAUUCCCUCUUCCAGUCCAUCACUAUGAUACUCGCUUCUCGUCUGCGAUGUUUUGUGGCGUGAAGGAAACUUCCUCAACAAGGAACGCUGUUUUAUUUUAUUUUUUUUUUCUUGUUAGAAUUGUUUCAAGAUCUGUGUCAAAUGCAAGAGCAUUGGAUGAUUGAAGGUAUUAAAAGUAACGUAUGAUUUUACGUGAAGUUUGCGGUGACUCGGAGAUAAUUUUAUUACCGUUGAGCAUGUUUCAUACUAAAUAAUUGAUGAAAAACCGCCGAAUUCAUUAAACUUAGAUUUUAGUGGCAAAAACGUUUAAUUUUCUUUUGUUUUUGUGUGUUUGGCCUUUUCAGCUCGUCCCUACCAACCCAACACAACGGAUGAACAGUUCGUUCCAGAGAUUGAAGGAAGCUCGACAAAUCUGAAAUCAGAAGGUAGCUGUCAAAGUAGAAUGUAGAAUUACCUCAAAAAAUAUUUUGUGCAAAUUAAAUGUACGUUUUUGAGUAAGCAACAGGUAUAGGAAAGGAACAAGUUAAGAAAUACCUCAAUCAUAACCCUGCAUGCGUUUUCCCUCGUUUCCAAGGAUUGGAAGGCUCGAGAAUUUUUUUCACGCAACUCGUCUGAGAAGUUGUUAGAUGAACGUUAAUUAAGUAGAAUUUUGACGGUAAACACGUGCUAUACUUUCGAUUUCUAGCCACUGAAAUGGCUAGGCAAUUAGCGUUAUCUUUGAUAGCUCUUCGACCCUAAAUUUUUGCCUCGGGGUUUAUUUAUACAUUUGCCUUAAAACACCGCUGUAAUGUAGCGAUGCUCAUAAAUUUUUUUGCGUCUCUCACUGGAGCACAGCCUUUAAAAGCCGCAUCAAAGGAUCCGCGCCGAUAAAUGGCCUUAAAUAUCCAUGAAUAUUUUCAAGGUCUCUAUUUGUCAAAGAUGAGGUUAAAUAACCGUUUUUCUCUUGUUUUCUAGUGGAGCUUGCGUCGUGGGUAUAAUACAAACGCCGCGCGUAUUAUUUUGCCAACAAAAGUUGUACAUUUGUCCUUGUUUUGCUUGGUCAACCCCAUCCCAUUUUUUCAUUAUGUAAAUAAGGCAUUCUUUUUUUGUUUAGGCCAUUCAUAACGUUAGUUUUGUUUUUAAAAUGAAUAGGCAUUUUUGUCUAGAGGUAUAUUUUCCCUCGUUUUGUAGGCAGCUAUGCCAUACAGAUUAAGUCGGAGCCCCGUGAGCGCGCCUGCCAGGAAAGUGAACAACACAGACGCACGACCUUCGAGAAGCAAGUGAAGAUGGACAAGACCAGCGACAGUUCCUCCUAUAUGAGACUGAUAAGUGAAAACCAUGCUUCAAGCAGUUCUCCUCUUGUGUACACCUGCUCGACACAGCCUUCAAGUUUUCACUGCAUGAAGGGUUACAGACAGCUCGCAGCAGCGUAUGAAAGUUCGCCGUUCGAAUCUUCGCCGACUAGCUAUCCCACAAUCAAGCAAGAACCAAUUGAUUACACAACUUGUGAAAAUCCUUACGAACAAGGUUAGCUGUGCACUAUAUAAAAAUAUUUCCUUUAGUAUCAUAAGUUUUGUUUUUUAAUGAUUUAAGAACUUUCACUUGAAUUACCUACAAUUUUUUAAUAUUGUCAAAAGUUGCUAUUUUUCUAUCUCUUGUCUGAUUAAUUUACAAUAAUUUUUUUUCGCUUUCUCCUCCACUUUUCUUUCUUGGAGAUAAUAAAAUCAACUCCACUUUUUUCUAGCGCUAAUUUAAUUUUUUUCCUCACUUGAAAUGUACACUUGUUGAGAGAAACACUUUUGUUGGCCUGUAUCACAUUUUUAUUUAAUCUCUUUCCCCCACUGACAAACGUAAAGAAAUUUUUAAAUUCUCGACCGCCUAUUGCCAGUUAAUUCUUUUCCACUCAUUUAGGAAUGAAAUUUUUAUGAACAGUGAAAAAUAUAUUUUAAUAAGCUCUUUCUGCUAUCUUUACGGCAAUUACUACAGUUUUUCAAACUGAAUUCCCCGGGAAGAUUAACAGCGUGCUUAAGUUGUCACGUGGAGUCGAGAAAACUGCUAAAAUCGGCUAGCUGUUCACGUUUUUUGUGAAAACUGUUAGUUGACGAAUAUGUUGUAAACUUUUUAGGGUUUGCUCUUUUGUUUUGGCUCUUUGAUAAAGUAUACAUAUUUGUGUGAUGAAAGCACUAAUGAAUCUUAUGCUCUGAGCUGAAAUUUUUACCAUUUAAUUUCGUUCUUUUUUCUUUGUUUUUUUUCCUUUUUUUAACAGAACGCUUACAGAACUUCGCGACUUUUCACCAUCAAACACAUCAACAAGCCGAGUGUUACGGAUUACCAACAUCUUCAAGCGAAGGUAUAUCAGUAUAGUUUUUUCCAUUGUGAAAUAGCACUCGGUGAAUUGUUUUUCAUUCUAAUUAGACAGUUUGAUAGCCCACACAUUAUGAAUAUUCAUAGAGCUUUGAUUUUAUGAUAGAAAAUGUUGAAAUUAAUUUUAAUUGUUAUAGAGUGAACUGAACACAAUAUCUCGAAUUUGCCAGGCAGAUGUUUUUUGGGGGGAUGAUUGGAGCAUCACUUUAAUAUUUUCUCGGCAAACACAUAUGAACUGUCACAGAUCUAGGCCAGAUGCUUCUUAUUUUUCCCAAUUAGUUCUCUGCGCUUUUUUUCUUUAGUUUUCUUGCCUUGUGUCUUUCUUACUUCAAUCUGUUUGAUUUCCAACGGAAAUUUAGGUCUUUUUUCUUCUUGUUUUGCAUUCGUCCUUGUUUUGUGUGAGUUAUGAUGCUUGUCUCCCACUUAAAAUUCUCAACAAAAAAAUACGCACUAAUUGAGGUAAAACAUUUUUCAAAAGCCUUAAGAAUAUCCUGUAGUUUACAUUUGAGAUGAUGCUUAGGUUAGUCCAAAGAUUCACCCCCUUAAUACUGUUUCUUUAAUUCACUCUGCCCCUAAGACCUCAAUCCAAGUUUGCUACUCAGAUUUCACACAGUCGAUGCCCUUGUUUGCAUAUUAUAUUUUUCUAAUUAAAUUAUACCUUGACAUCGGAAGAUGCAGCAGGGCAUUUUAAGCCUUGAAGCACGGUAAAAUAUGAUAGGUCUUUUCCAAACUUUUUAAAAUUAGUUUAGUUUUUGAGGGCCAUUUAACCGACAUUGUCAAAAGUAAUUUAAUUUGCUCGGUGCAAGGCAGUCGUUUAAAUUCACAAUUACGGGGCAGGUGUACUUCUUGUUGAAUAGGGUAAAAUUUCGCCUGAUUAUCGUUUUAGGGUUCUUUUCCUCCGAAUAUCUUUUGAAUACGCACAAAAAAAAUUCCCUCUUACCGGCUGGAAAUUAGUGGCAAAAGUGUUAUACACGACCUUUUAAUUUCCCAAUUGCGCUCAAAUGAGGAAAAAUAGAUUUGUCCCUCUUUUAACGAUCGCGAAGCCUGUACAAAAAAGAGCAUUGCGGAUUAAAUGAAAUAACAACACUUUCCUAUCUUUACUGUAUUAAUUUUUAUUCCACAAUAAAAGAGGUUGUGUUGGUGUUUGGAAGGGAAUUUAUGAGUUGCGCUUGUUGGCGUUAACUUAAAGGACAGUUCUUGAACAGAAUUCCGCGUACGUCCGCAAGAAAGCAUUAAUGAAGGGUUUCGAAAGAUUUCGAUCUUGAGCGAUCACGAGAAAUCAAAAACAGAGAAAUAGUGGACAAUUUGACGGGUCUACUUUUUUGUCCUUGUGCAUGCGAUUUUCAGCUCUUUACAUCCAGUUAAUUAAAUAAGUAGAUAGUUUGGCUCGAUCAUAGCUAAAUGAAACACUUUCCUCAGAACUCAAUAAGUCGUAGUUUAAAAAGUGUCAAUUGAAUUUGCCCUUUCACGGUGAACACUGCUAUAUAGAAAGUGUAGAUCUAUCGUGAAGAUGAUAAUGAAUCGUGUGCUUUGAUGUACAAAAAAAGAACUUUUGUAUACAAAACACAGUCAAUAUAUUUCACGAUCUGCAAACGUGAAGAAAAGAAGUGCCAUAUCUCUGUUAAAUUCAAUCCGUCAAAUAUCGGAAAAACCUUCGGGCGUAAUAAGAUCACCUGGCUUGCCUUGAAAACGCUUCGUUUGAAAGUCUUGAAGAGAGACAGAACCUCCUCGUUAUGAAAUAAAAACUUCUAUAAUUCCUCUUCAAAACAAUGUUAGGGUAAUUUUGCGGACCUCUGUUGUUAAUCAUCGUAGCAUGCUGUGAACCCCUCGCCAAGAGCGGCAGAAUUUUGCUUGCCAAAUUGAGGCAAUGCUUCACGGCUUUCCAUCACUCUUUUCCAAGAACUGCGUGAUCUUUUGACUUCCCUUGCAUGGGAUUUCUGCUCUCAAAAGCAUGAAUGAAUAAAGCCUUUCCAGAAAUUCAUAUUCUUCUGUAGAUUUGUUUUCAAAAGAGCCAUUUUAGUCGCUGGAAAAACGACGCUUCCACUAGUUUGUUGCAAUUUGUUUUGACGAUCGCUCCGCUAUACAAAAACUGAUGUGAGUGCAAAGUUUUCUCCGCUUACAGCGAAAUUUUUGUUUUAACGUGAAAAUUCCCUGGAAAAAUGUUCAAGGUCUUGAAAUACAUAAGAAUAUUGGAAUAAAGAGGAAGAGAAGCCUCAAUUUAUACCAAAGACAGGAUAUUUACCAUGGCAAACGGGAAGCAAUGUGUCAACAAGAAAGGGCGGAAACGAUUUGAGAUUUAAGAGUCUAUACUUUAAAACACUCCGAAAAGUGGAAACGGUUUAAUUUUUGCUCCUUUCUUUGAAACUAAAAGAGACUGGCGACAUUACAAGCUCGAGAUUUUUGUAUUAACAGGGUAAUCUUCUUCUUUUGAAGAAUAAACGAGCAAAGAAUGAGUUUAUAAUCCGCGCUCGAAUCAAGUUGAGCGCGAUAUUUGGCGGACAUUCCUGGGCGAUUUGUAGCUCCUAGGCGACAAGGUCUUUUCCUUUCCUGUUUAAACUUUUCUGUUAUCGAACGGACGUACGUAAUGUUAAAUCCGCUUGGCAUGAAAAAUAUUGUAAUGCUAGUGACAAAGUGGUAUUUAAUAUGGAAAGUUUAGUAAAUGAUAUCAAGCCCCUUUAUGCUCGGCUCACGAGAUCCGCGAUGUCCCUUUGAUCAAAACACUGACUAUUUGUCGUUUAUUUGAGCUAAAAUACGACCGGACAUGACUAAAAAACAAAAAUUCAACCUGUGCUUACGAGUUAGCGAAUAAUAAGUCUCCGGUAUUUAAAAAUGUUGCAUUCAUCUAGCGUGUCAAAGCCGGGAUGUACGGCAUUAAGAUGGCCUACACACAACUAUUCGGUCAGUUUUUUUCCCUUCUUCUUGCUUGAUUUUGGUGUAAUAACAAUGCAGGGAGGGUGUCGUUAUUUUAUUUUACUAUUUUUUUUAAAGAGAAAUAUUCUUUGUGAUCUUUGUCUUAAUCUAAAAUUGAAUUAUUUUCAAAUAGCGCCGUAAAUUUACUUAGUUUUUUUUUCUAUGCUCUGUUUCUAGCUGCUGUUUACGACCCAAACGUGCACUCGUUUUACGACGAGCCAUUAGCGUAUACAGAUAGAUAUCACAAAUACCCGGACUUCAAAGAUCACAAGACAAGUUACAGAGACGGUGAGUUAAAAAAAAACGCAGAUUUUCUCUCUUUUCUUCGGUGGAAGUUUACUCACUUAUGAUGGGAGAAAUUCAUUUUCCCAUGCCUAGCUGUGUAUUUGAAAUAAAGCUUGUUUCGCAGCAUUUUCUAUCGAUUUUUUUCUUUAAAAAUGACGCUAAACUGAGCAUCGACGUACAUAAAAAAAUAUUUGUAAAACUACUUCAGUAAGCGGAAGAAUACUGCUCGUCAAAUUAAUACGAUUAAUACAGCGCAACUCCAUCUGACAACAAAAUAUAUUCGUCAUAUCACACAGCGUCUUAUAUCUAGCACCUAUAUUUCCCUAUUAUUACGCCAUGUCAAAAAUGAGGGGAGAAAAAAAUCAUCUAAACGUUGUUUAACACCUGUCGCUGCACACACGCGCCGAUAAAAAAGAAGUGUUUUAAAAGGGAACGGUUCCUCGUUUAGUUUCCCAAAAGUUUAUAGCAUUAGCGGUGUUUUUGUGUACAAGGGCUUUUCCAAGGUGUUGAAUUCUACUUUAAACUGAUAUUUAAUGAUAAGCCCGUGAAGUCUGACAAAAUCCCAUAUACAGUGCUGAUAAAUCGCGAUAUGAAACACGCUUUAAAAGCUGACUUGCUAUCUAUCAUCCGCGGCCCUAAUUACUGUCAAUGGCAUAAAAACAGCAAGCGACCCUACGCAAAUUGAAAAAGAUGCGCUUCGAACGCAGUUCAGAUAUUUAUCAGCCACUUUGCCAUUACGCCGUCAUUAAACGAAGAGAACCGUUUUCCGGAUAAAAGUUACAAUGUAAUCUUUGCUUAACCAUUCUUUUUUUCUCGAUCAAUUUUUGCUCAAAGAAUGAGGCUUUAAGAAAGUGCACCUAGCCGCUAACAUUUAAUUGCUUAAAUUGGUCGAAAAUUCGCCUCCUUUGCGAUUCUAUAUCAUCAAUUAAUUCCAGGAAGUUUUCUUGCCGAUUAAGACAUAAAUAUUCUUGAAAAGGACGAGUUUCUCUGCAAGAGAUGUUCAACUAGAUCGCUAAGUUUUAUGUCAAACAAGAUUUCAAAAUGGGAGUGCAAAGCCAAUUUUAAAGGCCCGGAUGUUACUCAGCACUUGAAACAGUGAGACGAGACAAUAAAUACCAAAUCAGCUAGGUUUGUGUGAAUACGUUUUUGUCCAAAAAACAGUGGGGAACGCGAUGUUUUUCUUAAUCAGAUUCCGCGUUUUUUCUAGAAAGCAACGCCUCUUUGCUCUUUUUUUUCUCUUUUUUUUGAAUAAUUAGAAGGUAAAUUACUUUUAGGGAAAUUAAACACGGUGACGCCAAACUUCUCUCAAGUCGUCACAAAUGUCAAAACCAUUUGAUUUGUAUUUCAGUUAAGGAAACUUUGUCCGUCGCAAGAUUAAUUUUCAUCUUUUAUUUGUUAUUUUCGUUUUGUAACUUAAUUAAAACGUGAAAUGCAAACGUUUUCGCUCGCAGGGAUCACCCACCGAUUGCUAAAUUAACCCACACGCAAAGAACGCAAUUUUACAAAAUUGCCCAUGAAACUUUGGACGUAGCGAUAAAAAAAAUCACUUACUCGCUAUAUUAUGCAAACAGAACGUCUUUAUGCUCCACACAAAUGCGUCAUCUGCCGCGUUGAAGUUUCUUAAUCACGAGUCUAAGUGUUUUGAAUAUCAAUGGCUGAGUGAAGAACCAUUUCAUAUCUUCGGGCGCACGUCUGUCAAGUAUUUCCAGCUAAUGGCGUUUUCUUGUAAUUAAUAACGUUUCGUCCUAUUUUCUAUAUGAUAAGCUCUAAAAAUUCUGGACCAAUUCGCAUAAACAUGACUUUUCGCUGCUCUUAGCUUUUAACUCGUUUCCACAUAUGAACAACAGCUGAAAUGCAGAUCCUCUAUUGUGAGAAUUUUUUAAUUCGCCUCUCACUUCUUUCGGAUCUACGCACUUUUUCGGUUUUUUUUCGGUUUCAGGCAGUACAAUCGACUUAAAAAAUUCCAAACUACAAAAUAUACUUUAAGUAUUUAUUAAAUUUAAUGUAACAAAAAAUAACUACGUAUAGGUGUUGUAAAAAGCGCCGUUUAUGUUCAAUAUUUGAGGAAAUAAAGCUUUGAAAAAGGCUGGUAAUGUUUCGAAGGAAGGUAUUUCAAUAAAGAAGUGAGAGUUUUGUAUCAUUUGAUUUGCCACAAACUUACAGUAGCCUAGCACCGGGCAUUUACAAAAUGGUCUGUCAUGAUACAUGCAGAAAAAGUAGGAGGAGUUUGGCCAUAGAAAAUGCUCACGGUAAAAAUCAGCGUUCUAAGAUACUAAGAAAAAAGAUGGAAGGAAAAGAAGUGUGUAAGGAGAACAAGUAUCUGCCGAUUCUUCUUACCAUUUCUGUUUUUCAGGCAACGUCAUCCGUAUUGAGGUAAAUAAAAGCCAUCGAAAUAUAAGUUUUAAAAAAGGAGCAUUUACAUAAAGAAAUGAAAUGAAGUUUCGUCUAGUAAUAAAGCCUGAAGUCGGCGAGAAGAAUUCAAACUAUAUGCUACUACAAAAUUGUGAGUAGGGCAUCGAGAAAGCACAGCGAUUAAAGCACUGAGGACUUACAGCAUAAAAUGUUCAUAAAGUUUGUUAAAAUAGGAGAAGGGACUUUGUUCUAGUAGAAUGUUUUCUAUGCAUGGGUGUGUCAAAAGAACGAUUUCUUAAGAAAAUCAUAAGAUGACGUUUAAACAGCGCAUUUUGUCAAUGCAAUUCCGUAUACCUGAUAUACGAUAUGUCGUGCUUCUUAAACGUAGCAACAACUUUCCGAAAACAUUAGUGCAAACGUCCGGAUGCGAAAAUAGGAAAUAACGGCAAAUGUUUUGCCUCAUUGUUCCGAGAGAAUCACAGGCAGCGCUUAGUUUUAUCCUCUUAACAUUAAGUCUACUACCUUGGAGGGGAAAGAAUGACCACUCCCCCCCGGCCACCACCGCCACCCGUUAGAGUUAAAGGAAUGCUCCUUUGAAAUUUCCUAAAAAGUUCAAGAAUCCCGCUUCAUGAGCGAGGUUUAAAUUCGUUCUAAACUCUCACAGGUACUAAAAAAUCACUUGAGUAACAAAUAGAUCUAAUCCGUUUUCGCUUCACCACGCCAAAGUUGAUGGCUUCUGGAUGGUACAGCGACAGCUAAAGUUUUCGCUUUAACUUCUAGUUGUCUGUUUCUUUCCUUGGUUGCUAAGUGUUGUGAAACCUAGCAACAUUUUUGACUAGGCAGGGUUGACGGUUAAAUUUUCGACCUUUUCCCGAGCCCAUAACUCCUGGCCUUUUGACGGCUGACGGUUCAAGCCACCAUCCUGGACACCCAUGGGCAGUCAGUCGGGCAGGGAGAAAAAGCUCGACGAAAGUUUGCAACAAGAACAACAAGCUUUAUUUGCAAAACCGUACAAGUACAUACAGUAUUGCAAAAGCUAUUUAUAAUUAUGUUUUAAAACAAGGCACUAAAAUUUAAACACGGGACAAUUAACCUACUUCGUUAAUAAUUCGUAGCGAAAGUCAAAGCAAGCUGCAAUAUAUUUCAUGAACUGUAAAUUAACGUAAUGAUAAGAUGUGUUCAUCAGUUCAUUGAUCAAAAUGUUUACAGGUAACUGGGGAAUAUUUGGAAUUUCGAGCACGGACGGAAGAGCCCCCGGGUACCGACUCUCACCGGGCCAUUUCCAAACGGUCAAGCGAAUGCUGGCUCCUGAUUGGGCACAAAAAAUGCUUUGUAUUAUGGUGCCCAAUCGGCGAACAGCAUCUCUUGAGUUCUUUUCAUGUGUUCGUACACGACUGCUAUUGUGCUUUAUAAGGUACCCAGGGGCUCUUCCGCCUGUGCUUGAAAACUUCGACACGCCUUUUCUCCCGGCCAGACUGACAGCCCCUGGGUCUUCGAGGAUGCAUUAAGACCUUCUAUAUGUCAAUUGAAAUAGAGAGGAGAAGUUGGUACGUCACGUUUCCAUGAUAGCAAAAUUUUUGUAUGACAAAAAAAAACAAAAAAAGGUGAAUUCGCACAGCUUCAAACUUCAUCGAUCUUAUUCAGUUUCAAUUAAUUUGGCAAAUGUUGGCGAAAUUUUCUUGAGGUGAAUCCGAAAGGACCGUGUCUAAGUUUAGAAAAGCAAACAGACAACUUUUGUGUUGUGUUCACCGACUCCAUAAAGCGAGGGUGUGAAAUUAGGAAUUUUCACGUCGCAAGGGUGCAACGACGGCAAAAAAAUGUACAAAAUAGCGUGAUACACGGGCAAAUUUGUUGUUUUGUCAAUAAAAACCUAUUACUUUUUGCCGUUCUCUUUCGGUCGCCGUCGUCGUUGGUUUUGUUGUCAUACAGAAAUAGUGUUACCAUGGUAGCAAGGACAGAUUUAACGAACACAGACGUGCAGUCGACAAAACUAACAUUAAAUCUAAACCCACUACUGUUUCUGAACACUUUCUCUCUCACUCUAACCAUUCUCAUACUGACAUGCAGUUAAUCCCACUAGAGAAAAUUCAUUCUUCACGUGACUCAGUUCGUAAGGCCAGGGAGUCGUAUUUGAUAGAUAAGGCCAUGAGUGUUGAACCUAAACGACCCUGACAAAUUAUUGUAAUCCAUAUCCUUAGUAUUUUUCCUUUCCAGUUUUUGUGUUGUACGUCAUUUCCGCCUCUCCCUUUCAAACAAUUUUUAUUGCGACAUUCUCCAUCUAUAUAAUAUUGUGAUUGCUACAUAAGUUCAGAAACAUCUGUAAACCUGAAGAAGGCUGGUAUGGCCGGCCGAAAUAUUGUUACAAGAAAACAAUAGACGUUGUUAUGAAUCAGCUUUGCAGUAGUCUUUUGGACUUCUCAUUUUUGGUUUUGUUUUUUUUAUAUAUAUAUUUUGGCUGAUUAGAUCUCUUUUCUAGAGAUCUAACGUUUACAACUAGCAGGAUCUUCGUCCACGGUUUUUGCAGUUAAUUUAAUCCUUUAUUAUUGCUACCAUGGUGACGUGACGUCAUACUUCUCCUCUCUAUACCGCUUUGAGGAUGUUUUUCUUCCAUUCUUGGCCAGCUUACAAGCUGGGCAGCAGUGCUUCACCGCUCUUUGUUUCUUUUCAAUUUUGUUUUAGGCGUAAAGGAUAUUUUGCUUUAAAAAUUCAGUUGACCGCACCACCCGACCUGACCAACCAAAGCAUCGUUAAAUACAAUUAAUUAAAUGCUUUCUGACUCCCACCUGGUUCUAAAGACAAAAAAGAACAAAUUUUAGUUUUUCCAAGAAAACGAAAAAAGGCUCCAGUUUGAAAAUGCGUAGCCAGAGAAAACAGCCGAUAUUUUGCGAUACCACCACUGGCUUCUUCGCUAAAUGACGUCUGAGAUUCCAUACAUAUGAUGCAUCACUACCAAGAUCUGGGUAGUGCUUCUGAUCGGUUGAAGCAAAUUUUCCAUGCAGCACGACCAAUCAGAAGCACUGCCCAGAUCUUGGUAGAGACAAGUCAUAAGCAUGGAAUUUCUUUGCUCUUUUCUCAGACAUCAUUUCGAGGUUUAGUCUCGACAUGUCAGUUGUUUACUCAAGCUUCAUUUCAUAAAGAACUUUCUCUUUCGCUCUUAUGAAUUCAACAAAUUUAGGGACCGUCCAUAUUCCGCAAAAUUACCGUUUUCACUGGUGAUAGGUAUUCUUUACGAAAUUACCGCUUAAUUGACCCUACUGUAACGUACUGUUCAAAGAAAUCGCGUUUAGUAAAAAAUGUUGCCGAUAUUUUUUACUGAAAUUUCUGGUAUCGGAUAUAUUUAAUAGGUUUCCCCCAAAAAAUUAAGAGAAAUCUUUCGAGCAGAAGUCCGUAAUUGGAAAGUCCUUGAAACUUCAGCUGUGAAAUUGUUUUGAAAAUUUCGAAAAUUUCCAGUGAGGGUAAAAGGCGGAAUGAAUUUGCGGAAAGGCAUGUGGCACGGCUUGCCGAAUAACGUAAUUAUGCGGAAUGUAAAAUAUGGAAAAUGCGCAAAGAAAUAAAUUGAACUGAAAAACAUGUGUGCGUCUUUGCCGCGCCUUUUUUGGCGCCAAUUUGAGUGAGCAACGUUUUUGCUGGUCCAUUUAUUACUGCCGGCUUAAACCAACAAGGCAGAGCAGAAAGUAGCGAUAAGCUUUACUGCAUUCGUGUCUAUGUAAUACUUAAUUUAUUUUUGUUGCUUUCGACAAUAGUUUCUCUCUUUCUGCCCACAAAUGUAACAAAGUUAUUUUUUUCGAAACUGGUCAAUUGUCGUUGCUUUUUUUUUCUGGAUAAAGGGACGAGAGGUAGUAGUUGCGAAUGAUCGAAACACCAGAAAGAACGAAAGAAGAAAACUUAGGGAAAAAUAUAUUCAUGGUCAUCAACUCAAAGUCAUCAACACAGGCGCAUCAAACUAUGACAAACUGUCAUAAUACGAAACUUUGAAAAGAGCUGCUGCAUAUACUGAAUUCAACAAUAAUAUGGAAUAAUGUGAAUUUACUGGUGGAAGAAACCAUGCAGAUGCAUUGCAAUACAUUGAAAUAUGAAAAUAAGUAUAGCAGGAGUUUCUUAGCCAAAAUUGCUGAAGGAAAUUAUUUCAAGAAUGUCUAAACAAGUCAUUCGACUUCAGAGCAAGGUUGAAAAAUACCAUAACAUACAGGGUUAGCCUCGACUUAAAGUAACAUAUUCAGAAAUUCCGGCAAGUAAGUGUUUGAAAUUUGAAUAUAUACAAUAAUAAACAGAGCAGUAAACAGGUCUUGUUCUCGUUGGAAUUUGUGAAUAUAUUUACUUCAGAUGGAGGCUAAGCCUGUAAAAAAUGUGUCUUCAUUUCUUUAAUUCGGCAGUCAUAACGAACUCGAAACUGGCGGACUAUUGAACUAACACACACAUAUAUCUUCUCUAACUUUUAGCUCCUGAAUUUAAAGUACCAAAUGGCGUCGCGUAUCCAGAACCAAGGGCCUUUCAAAGAAGGGGCUCAUUACAGCUUUGGCAGUUUCUAGUAGCCCUCUUAGACGAACCCGAAUGUUCCUCUUUUAUCGCGUGGACAGGGCGUGGAAUGGAGUUCAAACUUAUCGAUCCCGAGGAGGUGGCCCGAAGAUGGGGCAUUCAAAAGAACCGUCCAGCUAUGAAUUAUGACAAGCUUAGUCGAUCUCUUCGCUACUACUACGAGAAGGGAAUCAUGCAGAAGGUCGCCGGAGAGCGCUAUGUGUAUAAAUUUGUCUGCAGUCCCGAAGCUCUCUUCAGCAUGGCCUUUCCAGACUCACAGAAACCAUACAUCAAACCUGAGUGCCGGGAACCUAAGCCCGUGAGCGCGCACGCAAGCCAGCAGCUUCUCCCCAUACCGAAGGAGUCUUACCCUAAACCACCAUUCCCACAACAGCAUUACGUCACCCCCGCAGGAAGCUGCUACCAAGCAGAGUGGGACCUGGACACUACUUGUGUCUACUAGACACUAUUCCAUUUAUUAGCGUUAUAAAGGAAAAGAUGUUUUUACCGAUGAAAAACCCUAUAUUAGGUACAUGUCGGAGACACUCACUGCUGGAUAAAAGAGAGUAUGCUCCUUUAAUCCCAUGAAUGACUGAUCAAGGAUCGCUUUGAACACAAUUUAUCUCGUAAUCAAAUCUUUCCAAUAUCCCUCAAAAACCUGCUCUGCUAACUAUCAGUUUCUACAACAGGACGAUCAUGAUUUUGGUAAGGGCACCACGAAGCCAUCAGGAGGAGAUAUUUACUAAUCUUUCCUUAACGAAAUAAUAGAUGAAUGGUCCAAUGUACCCACCUUAAAAUUAAUAGCGGCUGUGCUAAUUCACCACUUCAGGAACGAGAAGCGAGCUAAACCAAAAUGCAACCCGCAAGUGUUUCUGGGAUCGCUACUGGGGACAAGCCGGUCAGCUAUUGGCCAGUUUUUUUCUCUGUCCCUAGUUACAAUCCCAGAGGUCUUUGCGAAAGUUAACUCGGCCCAAUUCCCUGCUCGUUUCUAAAAUGGCGAAUGAAAAUCGAGCUGAUGGUUUUGACAGCUUCAUGGCUCUAUGUUCGUUAGUUCUAAAUACUAAAACUAUGGUGUUGCUUCAACUUUGCUACGUACAUCAUGGGUUAUUAUAUUUUGGUUGUUUUAUGCUGAUUGUGAUGAACUCUGAUUUGGCCUGCAAUAGGAGCACCAUAAACUGGUAAAAGCUUGAAACAAAAUUUAUGACAAAAACAAAAAUUUUAUUUUACAAAAACAUGAAAAAUUAAACGUAUGCUGGGAGAGAACUACUGAAAAGUUUUCAUUUGAAUGGUAACAACAUAACACUUUGUUUUGGGGCUCAAACGGGCGUUGGAGCUUCAUGGGAGAUUCUUUAUGUGUCUCGAAAUUAUCUAUGGUUCUGUGUUAACGUACAAAUGAACGGAAGAAGAAACGUUAUCCGUUUCAGAAACAACUUUUAUGCAGAUAACUAGCCAAACGAAGUGCUAAAUAUGAUUUUCCGUGGUAGCAAUCAAAACACUUGAACACGCCGUGUCGAAAAUCAAAAUUCAAAGUUGUGAUUAAAAAAAAAUUGUGUUGUAGAAUAGUAAGUAAACAAAGAAUACUUUUUCAAAAUUUGUGCUCUAUGUCCUUCAGUUAGAGUGUCGUCGUUUGGCUAGUUAUCCAUGCAAUAUGUGUACCUGGAUCAGGCUAUGAAGAGUGAUAUACAUUUGAUUGUCCAGCUCAUUGCUUAUUGGCUAUGCUUUAUCUAGUGGCCUUAAUUGUUUCAAAGCCAAAGGAAUAGACAGGCAAUUAUUUUAUAUGUACAGCAGGCCUUUGUAAAGUUUUAUUGUUUGGCGAUAAAAAGAGUCUGCUGCAUAUUUACUUUCGUAACGCCACAUUUCUACCCGGUAGAAGUAUUGCGUGACAUAAGAGGCAUUUCGUGACAAAAAUGCGUUGUUGUGAUGCUCAAAAACACGGUGGAGUAGAUUUCGGACCACGAUUAAUAUAUAUAAAAGGAAAAUGAGAAAUAUGGAUACGGACGGUUGCACCGUUCGUGUUGUCUAUAUAUGUAACAAAGAUUGCUAUUGUUAUCAUCAUUAUUGUUGUUUAUAAUAUGUAAAAUACAUUUUGACUGAAUAUCUAUGAAAUUAAAUUUGUAAUAUUUGCGAGGCGAACUUGAAAGCUGGAUUAAAAAUUGGACAAAAAGG